UUACUGCAAGAAAAGACGCAUGAUGAUGGAGCAAAGCAGAGAUGUGGAAAGAGGAAUCACUGAGAGGAACGAACCGCAAACACAGCUGACUGAAGUGUGCAUAAUAAAUGAAAAAAGACACACAUUGACGGAAGAAGUUUCAGCGAUGGAAGAAGAACUCUCAGUGACUAAACAAAAACUUGCAGAGGUGCAAGAACUCGCAGUGAGGAAAAAAGAACAACUCGCAGCGAGGGAAGAACAACUUGCAAAGAUGCAAGAAAAACUUGCAGAGACGCAAAGACUCGCAGCGAGCAAAGAAGAACUCGCAGUUAGGGAACAACAACUUGCAAAGAUGCAAGAAAAAUUUGCAGAGACGCAAGAACUGACAGUGAGGAAAGAAGAACAACUCGCAGUUAGGGAAAAACAACUCGCAAUUAGGGAAGAACGACUCGCAGUGUGGGAAGAACGACUUGCAAAGAUGCAAGAAAAAUUUGCAGAGAUACAAGAACUUGCAGUGAGGAAAGAACAACUCACAGUUAGGGAAGAACAGGGCUGGCUGUCCUGGCUUUUCGGCCCUGGGGAAGAUCAACCACAAUGGGAGACCCCUCCAGUCACUUCCACUGAGACCGCUGAUACCGAGGCGGUCAGGGAGGAUCAAACCCACCUGGAACCAGUGAGGGAAAAACAACUUGCAAAGAUGCAAGAAAAAUUUGCAGAGACACAAGGAGAACUGUCAGUGAGGGAAAAACUUGCAGAGACGCAAGGAGAACUGUCAGUGAGGGAACAACUUGCAGAGACGCAAGGAGAACUGUCAGUGAGGGAAAAACUUGCAGAGACGCAAGGAGAACUGUCAGUGAGGGAACAACUUGCAGAGACGCAAGGAGAACUGGCAGUGAGGGAAAAACUUGCAGAGACGCAAGGAGAACUGUCAGUGAGGGAACAACUUGCAGAGACGCAAGGAGAACUGGCAGUGAGGGAAAAACUUGCAGAGACGCAAGGAGAACUGUCAAAAACUAAAAAUGAACUGGCAGUGAAGGAAAAAGAACUUACAGAGACAAAAGAAAGAUUGUCAGACCGACAAAAAAUGCAUCAAGAAACACUCAUGGAGAUUGAAGAAAAAGUCACAGCCAUGGAAGGAGAACUCGCAGCGACGAAAGAACAACUAUCAGCGACUAAAAAAAGGUGUGGUAAGGGAACAAGAACUCGCAGUUCAAAGAUGCAAGAGAAAUCAGCACAGACAAAAACAAAAAGAACUACCAGUGAAAAAAGAACUCGCAGUGAGCAAGAAGAACUUGCAAGAGGAAUUUGCAAAAUGAAAGAACUAAAAAAGAAGUGAGGGAAGAAGACCAAGACUAAAGCGGAUGCCCGCCAAUUUUUUUUUUUUAAAGUCAGCAGCCACAAAUA